AACAUGUCUCCCUAGCAAUCAAUUACUGACAGUUCCCCCAAUGCCUGACAUCAAAAGAGCUACAAUGUACGAGUAAUGCCCCUAAAAAAACAGGGGCCCGCACAGAGCCUAGCGAUAGCUAAGACUGCUAGCCUGCUAGCUCACUCCAAGCCGCACUCCUUUGCGCAAAUUCUGACGCGCCAAGGUGGCGUUCCAUCUCUCAUAGCAUCGUUGCAUCGGCGUUAGGAAAUCAGGAUGGACCCGGCGUGCGUAUGUCGGGACGAGCCACCGCAGCCCAAAGUCAAAGUCCACUUUAUAUGACGACACUGUCUCCCAGUCGUGCCAGAGCCUAGUCCUAGGCCGGGUGUUGCAAAUCAUCAAUCAUAAUAAUCCACGGCAUUCGCUUUUCCCUUGCGCAUAUUUGCUCGUCUCCUUUGCAAACCCCCCGUUCAUAGACGUCUGUAGAGAGUAUAGUUAGAAGCCGCGGUUAUGUUCAAAAUCUUCUCGUAUUGGUGGUUUCCCGUUAUUUCGGGUGCCAUGUGGCUCACGACCCUUCUGGGUCUCCUGCUACACUGGAUCAUCGACACGCAUAGGACACAUUACGAUUCCAUGGGCCCCGAUCAGAGGAUCGCAUAUAUUUCCGAUGUUGGAGCCGCCGAACUCAAGCCCCUGUUUGUGGCCGGCUGUAUCAUCACCACCAUCUUUUUGGAUCUCUCCUUCGGCGCCGACAGAUGGCUGCGACACAAGGGUCGCCUGGUCCCAAACACCACCGUUACCGAGAAGGUUCUUGCUGGGCUGACAAUCGUCUUUGCCAUUGCCGGGACCGUCGGCCUAACAUGCCUGUCUGGAUUCGACACGGCCCACUACCCGCGCCUACAUGAUAUCUUUCUGGCAGUUUUCAUUGGUGGAUACCUGAUCUCGGCUAUAUUCAUCUGUUGGGAGUAUCAGCGCAUGGGCAUAAAAAACCGUGAACACCGCAUUCUUCGCAUUUCCUUUUGGAUCAAGCUCAUGUUCAUCUUCAUCGAGCUGGGCCUCGCUAUUGCCUUUGGCGUCAUGAACCGCAGGAAAAUGUACGACAUUGCGGCCAUCCUCGAAUGGGUCGUUUCCUUCGUCUUUUCCUUCUACAUCUUCUCCUUCUACGUCGACUUGUACCCGGCAGUCAAGACAAGUAGGGGCGGUGUUGGCUUCAAGCCAGCGGGGAUGAACAUGUCCGAGCGCGAACUGGAGGAGAACUACCACGCCCAGAAUGACAUUGCCGUCAACCCGCGAUACACCCAGGACAGCUCGCGGCCGAUCAAUGGGAAUCAGAACGGUCACCAUGGGCGUCACACGAACUUCUAGAAAGAGUCCCGCGGUGACGACGUCACGGCUGAAGGUGCUUCGGCUGUAAUAGCGGGCACGGCACCCACUUGAUACCCACAGGCGUAAAUAUAAUGUGAUGGAUGGGAUGAGACGGGAAGUAAACGAGAGUAUGACAUCAGAGCAUGGGUUGAACUUGCAUUGGCAUGGCGUUUAGAGGUCACAUUAUACUGUACAGAUUAUGCUAUAUACAUUUUGGCAUUGGCUGUAGAAGCAGUUGACUUACAACUGCAAAGCGUACAGAGGACGUUUUAAUUAUUAUGUUUAUCCGCUAUCCAUGGUACAUUUUGAUUACUUUUUUCAAACAGGAAAGCGAGAAGGGGGAAUGGCCUCAGUGUUAUAUAAACUCUCCACGUCUCGGUGUGCAGUAUGCUACGUCAAUAAAUAAAUACGAAAAACGCCUGCGAGAUAUGUGGAUAGCCAGCCGUCGUAAUUAAGCCCAUGUCUCUGUGCCAAACUCAUUGAGAUUAUCG